UGUGUUACAUUCCGCAAAGAAAAGAAGUUCAGCUUGAGCAUUUCCGGCUCCUGGGACAUACGGGUGCAUCCCUCCAUCCUUUCAGCUAGAAGCUUUACUUCACUUAGCGUUCUCGCUAACAGGAGACAACUCAGCUGCAACACUCUUACAUUCAGCCUCGUCAUGUAUUUUUAUGAAUGAUAAUAUGGCUUAAAAGUCGUUUAAACGCGUCUUGUUUAGAGUUGCUGAUGUAGGAAUUAGUAUGGCACAUUCCUGAUGAGUUGGAUCAGUGUAAACAUGAGAAGGCAGCCUUGCCAGCGGUAUAUUCACACUUUUUUGAGGAAUCUGAAUAUGAUCACUGAAAUGCCUUAGGAAUGCAGCAUGACUGCAGGAGUGUGACUUCACUACACUCCCCGCUCUCUGUUUCUCUUUUAUACCGAAUUUGUUUAACACAAAAUGAAGUCUUUAUAAAUGUCUCAUGGAUUAAACGUGUCUGUGCAUAAAGUGAGGUUUUGCCAAAGCAGACCUGAAGAUGUGUGGCUGAUUAGGGGAACUGUGUGUCUCUCCCCGCUAUGCCCAGACGAGGGCUGCCACUGCAAGGCCGGGUGCGCUGGCUCCUUCUGGGUAUAUUUUUGCUUCUUGUCUUCCUCUUCUUUGCCUACUUGCUGGAGUGUACACCACCUGCAGAUGUGAGCCAUGGGUUGCCUGGUCUCGGAGUGGAACCUUAUGGAAAAGAAUAUUUUCAGGCACUGCUCCAGGAGCAGGAGGAGCGGCACCUCAGCCGAGCAGCCAGCCUCAAGAGGCAGAUUGCACAGCUUAAACAGGAGCUGCAGGAGAUGAAUGACAAGCUGAAGAGCCUGCAGGAGAGAAAAGAGGGCCCUGGACUACAGGGCCUGGUUGAUGGCAAAGAUCAGGAACCGAGUGACCUGUUGGAAUUCCUGCAUUCGCAGAUCGAUAAGGCUGAGGUGAAUACAGGAGCAAGGCUCCCCAGCGAGUAUGCUUUAGUGCCCUUUGAAAGUUUCACCACCACAAAGGUUUAUCAGCUGGAGAUGGGUCUCACUCGGCAUCCUGAGGAAAAGCCUGUACGCAAGGACCGGAGAGAUGAGCUGGUGGAGGUGAUUGAGGCAGGUCUGGAUGUUCUAAACAACCCUGAUGAAGAGGACGGCCAGGAGGAGGACAUCCCCAUGCAGAGGCAGACCUUCACAGAGAGCCACUUUGUCGAGGGGCUUUACAGGACUGAGCGGGACAAAGGCACAUUGUACGAGCUGUAUUUUGCGAAGGAAAAUUCACAUGAAUUCCGUCAUGUAACCCUCUUCCGUCCUUUCGGUCCCUUAAUGAAAGUGAGGAGCACAUCUGUGGACACAGGCAGCACAAUCAUUAAUAUUAUAGUACCUCUGUCAGGAAGAACAGAAGCUUUUAUUCAGUUUGUACACAACUUCAGGGAGGUGUGUAUACAUCAGGACAAGCGAGUACAUCUUACAGUGGUCUACUUUGGGGAAGAGGGCUUGCAAGAGGUGACAUCAUCCUUACGAAAAAUGUCCAGUGAGGAGAAUUUCACGAACUACACUCUGAUUCCUGUGGACGAGGAGUUUUCCCGUGGCAGAGGAUUGGACAUUGGUGCUCAUGCAUGGAAGAAAGAGACUGAUGUGUUGAUGUUUUUCUGCGAUGUAGAUAUUUAUUUCACGCUUGAAUUUCUCAACACGUGCCGUCUCAAUACAACCCCUGGGAAGCGAGUGUUCUAUCCAGUAGUGUUUAGUUUAUACAAUCCUGCCAUAGUAUAUGGAAAUCUUGAAUUGGCUCCACCCAUUGAACAUCAGUUGAUUCAUAAAAAAGAUGCUGGAUUCUGGAGGGACUUUGGUUUUGGCAUGACGUGUCAGUAUCGCUCGGACUUCCUCACGAUCGGCGGAUUUGAUCUGGAAGUGAAGGGUUGGGGAGUGGAGGAUGUCCAUUUGUACAGGAAGUAUCUGAGGAGUGAGCUGAUAGUGAUGCGCACGCCUGUUUCAGGUCUCUUCCACCUGUGGCAUGAGAAGCUGUGUGCAGAUGAGUUAACGCCAGAACAGUACCGCAUGUGCAUCCAGUCCAAAGCCAUGAACGAAGCUUCUCAUUCUCAUUUGGGCAUGUUGGUGUUCCGCGAGGAGAUCGAGAACCACCUCCGCAAACAGGCUUACAAAAGUCAGAGCAGGGCAGAGGAUUGAAACGCUUACAGUAAACCUGCUCACAGUAAGCACAGUCUUGGUGCAUUUCAGCAGGGCAGAAUUUAGCCAGCUGAGGUUUGUCCAGCUCUUGCUACAUUAACACAUUUUCUGAAAUAAUGCAGAAGAACCUAAAAUGGAGAAUCACAAGGAUCAACUAAGAAUAAAUAUGGUUGGACAAAGCAUGUGAAAUGAAGUGCUGUAUGGGACCCCGGUUUGUGUUUGUGUGAAAGCCGUGGCAAUGACCACGUUAUUCAUAUUCCGAAGGUCCGUUUACUUUUUUUUUUUUUUUUUGUUAAUGUAAAAUGACCAGUUGAGUUGGUGCUUUUAUGUUCAAGCACAUUCAUAGCCUAAUCUAGGCAUGUUACUGGUUAUCAUACCAUUAUUUUAAUGUCAUUGUUUAACAUAUUGUUACAUUUUUAUUGCUUUUAGUAUUAAACUCAUGUGCUGUGCUAAUGAGCCAGGUGCUGCAACUGAAAGUGACAGUCAGUUGUAAAUGAAUACAAAGUGCUAAGAAGAAUUAUACUGAAGAAGUGGACUGAACACUUUUGUUCUAUACAAGACAGUAUGUCCAGUGACAAUUCAGCACGUGUCAGAUUGAGCUGCUGAAACAUUGUGGCGCUACUCUAUGGUGUUCAGUUUAUUUGAAGUGGGUAAAUGCUCACUUAAUCCCAGUUGGUUUUGAAUAUAUUUAAAUAAUUAACUGCUGACCAUUAUUAAUACCCAGUAGCCAUUUAGUUUCCAUUAAGGACAUGUUUUUUAUCAGUUAUACAAUAGAGGCUACUAAUACAAGUCUGGUAUCUGUAGCAUCUAAAACAACAGCACAAUGCAAUGAUGAAGGCUCAACUUCUCAACGUUUUUUAAAUAAAGAGGGACAGCAGUCUUUCA